UCAGUUGCAGCAGCAGCACCGUGCGCCUUUCUUGUGUGUCGUCGUGGCUUCAUGGUCGAGGCGCGUGUGUGAGCAUCUUAACACAUUCCAGCGGACAGAAAGGGAAAAACAGAACGCGUCUAUGUUUCCGUAAAAGAUACAGAAGAAAUGUUACAGUGGAUUUUUGGAUACACCUGGUUGUCCGUUACGCAUUGGGCUGAUAUUGGACUUUAAAUGCCAUGGACGUUUACAUCUGAGGAUAAAGUUCACGUAAUCGCAACAACUGAGAGGUAUACAGGCGGCCAACAUGGACGCCGAAAGUCUUGUUCAACAAAAGGACUUAAAGACCACUUUAAUGCCCUUACCAGUAACCAGUGACUGGUUGGACGACGGAAACGAGACCACUGGGAAUCAGUUCCAGCAGCCCGACUGGCAGGUGGCUCUCUGGGCUGUAGCCUACUCCCUCAUCAUCCUGGUAUCCGUCACUGGGAAUGUCACUGUAAUCUGGAUCAUUCUGGCUCAUAGACGCAUGAGGACCGUUACCAAUUACUUUAUCGUCAACCUGGCCUUUUCCGAUGUGUCAAUGGCAACCUUUAACACUCUUUUUAACUUUGUGUACGCUCUUCACAACGACUGGUAUUUUGGCCUGGGCUACUGCAGAUUUCAGAACUUCUUUCCCAUCACUGCCAUGUUUUCAUCAAUAUACUCAAUGGCUGCCAUCUCUGUGGACAGGUACAUGGCCAUCAUCCACCCCCUGAAGCCUCGUCUUUCCUCCACCUCCACAAAAAUUGUGAUAGCCCUGAUUUGGAUUGUUGCAUUCUCGCUGGCUUUUCCUCAAUGCUACUACAGCGUGACAAAAUUUUACUACCCCAGAACUGUGUGCAUGGUGGACUGGCCCGAUGAUUAUGGAGGAACACACCAACUGAGUUAUCAGUUUGCGGUGAUAUUGCUGAUCUAUUUGCUCCCUCUGCUGGUGAUGCUGGUGACCUACAGUUUAGUCGGCCAGUCUCUGUGGGGUGGACACAUCCCAGGAGAGGCAUCGGACCAUUACCACUGCCAGAUUACCGCAAAGAGAAAGGUGGUGAAGAUGAUGGUGGUUGUAGUGUUGACCUUUGCUUUCUGCUGGCUGCCGUACCAUAUCUACUUCAUUCUGGGCUCAUUUAACAGGGAUAUCUAUAAGCAGCACUACAUUCAGCAGGUGUAUCUGGCUAUAUUCUGGCUGGCAAUGAGCUCAACCAUGUACAAUCCCAUCAUUUACUGCUGUCUAAAUCAAAGGUUCCGGGCAGGUUUCCGUCACGCGUUUGCUUGGUGUCCCUUCAUUAAAGUGUCUGAGGAGGACAGGAUGGAGCUGCAGCACACCAACACCUUCAGAGUGACCAUGACAAGGAGUCAUCGCAGCGAUGCCUCUUCCACACAAGCAUCCAUCAGAAGGAGCAACAUGAACGCGGAGAGGAAUGCUUGUGGGCAGCAGAAAACGCACACGCACAGCACACACAACUCACAUUUGAUAAAGAAGCUGGAUGAAACUAAAUCUCUUUCUUCCAGUAAGGAGCACAGUCAUUGACUGAUCAACCAUUUCAAAUGAGACGGCAGCAGAGCCACUUGAAGAAUUUGAACAGUGAAAAGCUUGCAGGCUUAAGAGUUAAGCUAUCAGUCGUAGCAUGAAAAACUCCUGUAGAGGAGGGCAAGAUGGGGCUCAUCUGGCUUAAAAAGACCACUAACUUCUUCCACUAUUGGUACGUGAAUGGACAUGACUGACAGUGACUGUGACGUGGACGUUUCUUCUUAUCAGUGCCAAAUUGUUUAUAUUUGUGAAUAUAUACAGAAAAAGAGACACCAACUGUGACAUGAUCCAGUUUGCUGCUAUUUCUAAAGCCUGAAGAUGAAGUUUUCCUCCUCUCUACUUGACCGCUUUGAAAUCUUGAUGUUGUUUGACAAACUUAAGUUUCUGUUUUCUAAAGUUUAGAGUGGCUUUAUUGUCUUUCUCCAUCAGUGAUUAUGGACAAUCCUUUAAAUACUCCGUGGUUGCACCAGUUCCAGGACUCGGCUGCUGUUUUUACAGUUCGGUUGGUAGAAAAUUUCUUAUGAAAUGCGAUCACCAGUGACGACUAGUUUCCGCAUUAAAAUGAAUACCACCAUUUCUAAACAUUAAAAAAGAAGUGCAGUGUAAUAUGAUGGAUAAUCUUAGUUUGUGAAUGGUCUAAUUAGCAUGUAGAAGUUACUGUAUGUUGUUACUUUCACCCUUUGGCCACAUGGUGUGCAUUGAUGUCGUAGGUUUCUUGUAUGUUGUGAAUUCAUUCAUUCGUACAGGU